AUGGCACCAAGUUCAACCCAAAGCACUCUGCGAUUCUACUCAGGCUAUGAGACUGACGACAACGCUCCCCGUCGAUCUGGAUGCAUCACCACACCUGCUCGUCUAGGGCCUGGUAUGAUAUGUCCUCCAUCCGACAGCCGACAAGCCGUUCCGAGUUCUUCUUUCACUUUCUCUGUUAGUAAUCAGAAAAAUCCAACCAUGACGGCUCAGAGUAAGGGAAAAGGCAAACGUGCCCGAUCUGAAUCACUUCCUGGGUCUGUCAUCGAGUCAGAAGUUGACACAGACCCACCCGAGAUCAUUAGUGGACCAGCGCAACGCAAAACGAUACCAGCUUCACGCCAAAAAGGAUCCGGAGGUUUAACUCAAGCAAGGUCAAAGGCAGCCUCCAAGACUUCAAAGAAGUCAGCUGCCUCUCAGCGUAAAGAUGCCGAAGCCGAGAAGAACUUGGUGUUGGCUGCUGAAGCUGGAGUUGCACCCAAUCUCAAUCAAGAUUCUGAUGAAGAAAACGAGCAAGUUUGCAAGCGACUACGUCGGUCAAAUGAGAAAGACGAGGAUGAAUUCAACCCACCAGUCCUAUUCUACGGGAAACCCUUCCGUCGAGAGAACGAUUGCCGUUUCGCUUCCAAAAAAUUUGCGAGUGAAUUUUACGUAGCCCGCCCCGCUCUCACCUGA